GCUAUACGAUCCCAGUUUAGGACACCGAUCGACGAAACAAGUGCCGAACGAUCACGUAUACAUCAUUUGAACUUUGCCGAGAUGGACGGUGCGAAAAACGAGUCAGCGGAGGCACGCGAGUCUUACAAGGACGUUUCGAGCCAAAAGAAUGGAGCGAAAAUUUUGUUUGCCACUGAUGACUUUUUUGCAGUAGCUGAAAAUCUGUUGAAGGAAGAAGAGCCAGAAUGGAACGAGAAUUACACCGAGUACGGCAAGUGGAUGGACGGCUGGGAGACGCGGAGGAAGCGCAUCGACGGCCACGAUUGGGCAAUAAUCGCCCUCAGCGAUCCGUGCGAGCUCCGAAGCAUCCACCUCGACACGGCCUUCUUCACGGGCAAUUUCGCUCCGAGGUUCUCCGUGCAGGCGGCUCAUUUAGUCGACGAUCCGAAGCCCAUUCAAGAUCGACGCAAUAAGAUGGGAACGGCUGCUACCGAUGUCGAAUUGGAAAAAGCUCGUGAACUGAAAUCCGAGGAUUGGGACGAGAUAAUCCCAAUGACGUCUCUGCGCAGUGGACACGCGGAAACGCGCAAACACGUCUUUGAAAUCGCGAAUCCCCGCACGUACAGCCACGUGCGAUUGAACAUCUACCCCGACGGCGGAAUAGCUCGGCUGCGAAUUUUCGGCUCGGAAUCGACCGGACGACAGCAGCUGAUGCUUCGGAGCGAGUGCGUGGCGUUCAGCAACGCGCAUUACGGCAGCCCCGAGGUUCUCUUGGAAGCGUCGCCUUCCAAGGGUAUGCACGACGGCUGGGAGACGGCCAGGAAGACUGAGCGGCCCUGGAAGAUCGACCUCGACGAUUCUGGUUUCAUAAAGGCCUACGGGGAAGAAUGGGCUAUUCUGCGACUGGAAACCGACGUCUGCAUCGAUGACAUUCAAGUCGAUACGACGCACUUCAAGGGCAACUGUCCGGACAGCGUGAAAAUCGAGGCCAAGUUGAGCAACGACGAGAAACUCCAUAGCUCCGACGACUCGUGGAUCACCGUUUUACCAAAAACUAAGCUGGUAGCCAAUCGGAGCAACGGCCUGACGAGUCGCAACGUCGUAGCGACCAAGCAGCCCGUCAAUCACAUCAAGGUGACCAUCGAGCCCGACGGUGGUUUGGCGCGAAUCCGAAUUUUCGGAAGCAAAUGUCGCCACUAAGGGGCUCGGACGAUUCUGCAUCACGCCGCGCGUUCGAAUCCGAGUGCGCUUGGACGCGCGCGAGUACGCCGCCGAGCUGCGAAGAAAAUGAAAGUACUUAUGCUGUAUGCGUAUGCUGCACAGGGACGCGUAUGCAGCUCCGAGCUACGUAAAAGUAACGUCGAUGAUUGAGUAAGAGUUUGGCUCGUUGCGAUUGCGCCCCGACUGCAGGCGACUCCGUAUGUAUCAAUUACCCCCCGACUAAGCGUAUAUAGCAUGUAACUCGCUCAAGUGCCUGUGACGAGUCAAACAAGUGCAGACAAAAUAUUUUCCCGUACUGCCGUGUCUGUAACUGCUCGAUUGUAUUUCAAAUCUUGUAUUAUUUUAAUUGUUAUUCUUAAGUUGAUUCGUAUAAUACUUUUUGUAAAAGUGCAAAGGCAGUGGCUUUUGUCCGAAGCGACUGAGGAGCUACUAGCCUACAUACUUGUUAUACUUGUCGUAUUGCGUAA